AUGGCUGAGAAAAGUGGAUGGAGUGUUGAGACUUAUUACGUGCAUAACGGGAAACGUGUCGACGGUGAUGAGCAUUUAUUGAUGCGAUUGAACGCAUCCGCUGCAACCAAAUACGCAUCUCCGAAGCAUAUCCCACUACGAGAUCAUACUUUCGAACAUUCCAAUAACAGUGGUGAGGUACUUUUGCUUGUGGAGCUCUGA